UUUUUAUUCAGGUCCUGAUGGUCGCAUGAGAUAUGACAUUUGGUUGAUUCAAAAAGGUUUGAAGAGGACAUUUAUUGAAGAUGGCGCAAUAUUAUACCUAUCUCAUCUUAGCCACGUUUGUUUUCAUCGCUGAUGUUGUCCCCCUAGUCGCUGCGCAACCACCCUUAGCAAAUGAAUCGAUUGGAAAAGACCGUGCCUUAAGACAGUCGUUAUUAAAAGCAGGAAGAAAUGUUGCUACUAAACCGAAAUGGGGAUUUUUCGGCACAAUAUUCAACCUUAUUCUAGAGCAAAUUAACGACACAAAAAGUGCAUAUGGACAAAUAUCAGAUUUAGUAAACAACCAAUUCAUAGAUGAAAAAGCUGUUACAGUAAUACCUGCUGCACCAAACAAUGGUACGACUCCAACACCCAAAAUCACAAGAUCAGAAUUUUUAAAAAUACUUGAUCGCAAUCUGAAAGGCUUAACACGUCUUCGUAAUUUAGAAUGGCGUGAAGCGAAAAAGGAUUCUUGGUCGAAUGUUCAUGGGUACUGGAACGAAAUAUUUGGAGGAAAGAAAAGAAGCACUAGAUAGCAUGUCAAAAAUUUAAUGUUACUUUACAAUAAUUUAUUUAUAGUUAAACAAUGGGUUUACCGUUUUUAUGCCAGCAGUUGUAGUGAAUAAAGCUGAGAGUUUAAAUCAAAAAAAUUUGAAAAUUAAAAUUGUUUGUCUGUAAAGUUAUAACAAAACAUCUCCUCGGACGCAUAGGAAAAUCGAGUAGAAAAGAAAUAGAUUCGCCGCAAGCGUACAAUGAGCGUAACGGGACACUGAGUCAUCCUUUUUUGUGCAUGCAGCCGGCGUUCAGAUGUUCGACGAUUUUGUGAUUCAAAUUAUGAGUGCGAAAUUGAAACAGAAUACUGACAAAUAUCAUUCUGAAAAAUACUUUUAACUAUAUAUUAACUUGUUAACUAUAUAAAUCUCGCUGGUGCUAGUUAGUUUUAUAUAUGGGUUACCAAUUUAGAAGUUAGUGAAAUAUAGUAGAAGAAGCAAAACAUUAUUAUACAAUUGUAAUAAAAUAUUCUGAUGUACUCGA